CUUGUCUCUUAACUCCAAGAGAGAUAUUUGUUUGUAUACUUAUGCCGUCGCUUUCGAGGAUCCUAGGGUAGAAGCAGUGUGCCUCGGUUCUUGCAUGUGCUUUGGUUAGAAAUAUGAUCUCAUCCCGACCGAACAGAGCAGACCCCGUUAAUCAAGCAGGCAUCAAAACAGUCUGCCCACCUAACUCCGACAAUCAGAACCGAUGUCGAAAGAAGCUAGCCUGGUAACCGCGGAUUGCUUGUUUGUCGGGUAUAAAUAAUAAAGGUGAACUCGUACCAGACUCGACCAAUUAAUGAUUGAAUCUGGCCCAGAGACCACUUCAACAAGGCAAGAUAGCAAAGGACAAUGUCAUCUCUAUUCAGCACUGCCAAUGAUCCUCAGCUAGGGGUCGCCCUCCUUCGUAUAUCCCCUCUGGUCAUUUCAUCGGCAUCCUUAAUGUUCAGCUGGGCUCAGGACAUUUCGCUUGGCGCCUUCUUGCACCCUUCUUUGCGGAAGGACCCUACCCAUCCAAGUGGGAAGAUCUUGCCUCGUUAUCUGCCGGCAUUCAUGAAACCCGGCAUCUGGGGAAUCGGUUUGACGUACCCGCCGGCCACCAUCCUCUGCAUCUUCAACGGGUUGAGCAGCCAGAGCCGCGAGGUGCGCCAUCUGUAUCUGGCCGGCGCCUUACUGAGCAUCGCCCAUUUCUGCUGGGGCCGUUCCAUGUUUGCCAUUCUCCGCCGCAUUCAGGAUCCCAAGACAGCCGGAGUCCCUAAUGAGGAUGCGCUUGAGACUUGGUUGCCCAAGCAUCACACCCGGACUCUCUUGGUCAAUCUUCCGGCUUUCUUGUGCAUUUUUUGGGCUACGAUGGCUACUAUCAUUGAGGGCCUUAAGUAGGGGAGAGACUAAGUCGGAUUUUUGACGAAUUUAGAGUUGUUAAAGCCUCUCUUGGAAGAUAAGUUUCCAUAGAGGGCUGUGGGAUUACCAAGCAAGAGAUCUAAAGGGGUCAUACUGUGGAGGAGUGUAAGAAAGCUUUCAAUUUCGAGUGUGACGAAGUCGUGGAAGGAAGGGAUUUAGAAGAGCUAUGAAAU